CCACCCUGACGCCUCUGCUGCUGAUGUGUCCCCAUGCAGGAACCAUGGUCAGUAAGGACGCCGGCAAAUGCGUGCUCACAGCGUCCGAGAGCGACGUGGAACCCGCCGCCUGCCUGGCCCUGGAGAUGAAGUACGCCCUGGACCCCAACCGGCAGAUCAAAAAGCGGAACAAGGCCCUGCAGGUCCGGUUCAAGGACAUCUGCGAGGCGCAGAGCGAGCAGCGGGACCAGGCGCAGCUGCCCGCGGGGCCCGGCGCCGCCGAGCGGCGGGAGGCCAGGCCCCCGUCCCACCGGGCCGCCUACCGCAAGUACAUGACGGUGCCCGCGCGCAGGUCCAUCCCCAACGUCACCAAGAGCACAGGCGUGCAGACCUCGCCGGACCUCAGAAAGUGUUACCAGACUUUCCCUCUGGACCGCAAAAAGGGGGCCGGCAGAGGCGUCCCCGCCGCGGAGGCCUUUAAGAGUCAGAACAACGGGUUCGUCCUCGUGGAUGCGAGGGACAGGAGCGCGGAAGGGCCUGGGGGGGAGGGGGAACGGCCGUGGGCUGGGGGCCGGGUGCAGACGACCACGGCGCUGGUGUUCCACUCCCACGAGCACAUGGACGCGCUGGAGCGGCCGCCCGCCGGGGUCAACUGUGCGCAGCCGUGCAGGAACCCCGGCGAGCGCAGCUGCCCGGACGCACCGCUCCAACACGCCCCCCGGCCGCCUCCCCGAGAGCCCGACUACCAGCUGCACGGGGCAGCGAAACAGGACAGGGCCACGCCGGACACGGAGGAACCCGCUCCCGUGGCCCACGGCCGGGUGUUUAAAACGGAGGUGGCCACCGUUUACGCCCCUGCCCCUGCCCCCGGCACCAAGGCCCGUGAGCCCGCCUUGUCGAACUCUGCCACCGGGAGCGCGUGGUCCCUGGGCCCAGCAGCCGCCGAGGAGCAGGGCAGGGCCGCCCACCCCAACGGGCUCCAGGCGCCCCCAACGCAGUGCCUGUCCCCCACACGUAGUGACCAGCCCCUGCAGACUAUGGUCCCCGCAGGGCCGGAGCACCAGCCUUGUCCAACAGCGGUCGCUGUGGGUGAAGAAUGCCAACAAAUUGUGCCUCGAACGGAAGUGGUGGACCUCAAAGCACAGCUGCAGGUGAUGGAGAACUUGAUCAGUUCCAGCCAGGAGACCAUCAAAGUGCUCUUGGGGGUCAUCCAGGAGCUGGAGAAAGGAGAGGCCCACCGGGAAGGGCUCUCGUAUCGGACCGGGCAGGACACAGCCAACUGUGACACGUGCAGGAACAGUGCAUGCAUUAUCUAUAGCGUGGAGCUGGACUUCAAGCAGCAGGAAGACAAACUCCAGCCGGUCCUGCGCAAGCUCCCCGCGCUCGAGGAAGCUCAGGGUGCACCCUCGCCUUACUCCCAGGAGGCCGCCGCCGCCGCCGCCUCGACCCCCAAGCAAAAAUCCAAAACGGAGUCCAAAAAGCACGGGCGAUGGAAACUCUGGUUCCUUUGAAACUCUCGCGGGGCUUGCCGUCCGAAGGCCGUGAGUCCCACCCACCGGGGACGAGUCGUCCGCCCUUCCCCAAAACGAACAGAAGCCAGGGGCCGGGGCCGGCCGACGGGGGUGCCCCCGGGUCUCCCCCUGCGCACCGAAAAGGCCUUUGUCCCCACCGGUCGUCCCCAGAGGCAAGCUGUCCAGAGUCACAACCUGCCAGCUGUCCUGGGCGGUGUGCGGGCGGGGACGUC